ACACGUGUUUCGCCGAAUCCGUGUUGUUGAGUAGGUGCAUUUCAAUUUUUGGAGUAAUUUUUGUUAAAGGUAAUAUUGGAUAAAGAUGCGAGAGUUUUAGUACUGUUGAUAGAUACCAUACCCAAAGUUUACGAUGAAGGGUACUUUGCAACAAUUCGUUCAGCGUACGUUAUUGAAAAUUUACGAAGUGAAUCACACGAAUAGGUUAUCAUUUGUGACGGCUCCUAACCUAGAUAAACAAUCAAAAAAUCGAAAGGCAGGUUCCCAAAAAACGAAUGACCAAGAAAAGGUCGAACGAGACAGGAAACCCUUACAUCCGUAUAAAAAAAUUCACCCUUGGAAAUCAAUCGAAAACUUUUCCCAAGACUUGAUUGACAAUGUUAUUUACAACAAAGAUGGUGUGGUUGUUCUUAACAAACCGUACGGCAUUUCCAACUUUUCGCGAGAAAUAACAAGUGAAAGGACAAAAUGGAAGCCUGUGGCUGGCAUAUCCAAUUCUGUCAACUAUACGUUGUUAGAUGUUCUUCCGAAAAUAUCUCGAGACCUUGGAUAUCCAUCGCUUAGUAUUGUCAAAUCUCCUGAAAGAUAUAUUAGUGGCAUUUCAAUCCUAGCAAGCGAUGAAAAAAAGGCUUAUGCAAUAAAGAAGGCUUUAUCUCGUGCCCAAUGUGCUAAAACAUUUGCACGAAGUUAUUGGGUUGUCACGACUAAGCUACCUAGAAGUAAUAGUGGGGAAUUAAAUCUUGCCAUAAGAAAGAAAGAGAGCCCGUGUAAAACUUACAAGCAGCCAAUUAUUGUGACCAAAUGGGGAGAAAAUGAAGUGAAGAGAAGAGAAGUGAAAACGUUUGAUGUUUGUUAUCGCACAAUUUCAACUUCGGAUGGGAACUUGUCUGCCCUAAUGGAAAUUCAAUGUUUUACGACAAAAUGGCACGCCAUAAGGGUGUUUGCUUCGACUGUUUUGGUCAGCCCCAUUUUAGGCGAUAACAUUCAUGGUUCUCGGGUGAAAAAAUUAAUGGGAUCGUAUAUGCAUAUAAGUCCUUUUGUUGAUGCGUCAAGGCAAAUACCGAUACUACAGCCAGAGCUCUUAAAAAAGUUGAAUUUGCAACAGUCGCAAGCAGUCAUAAUACCUGCGCACAUUCACUUGAGAGAAAUUACAUUAAUGUCAUUUCCAUCUCGUGGGCAAGAUCUGAAGCUUGUGGCUCCAUUGCCGCAUAGUUUUCAAUGGACUUGUGACCAGCUCCAAUUCAAAAUUCCAACUGGAAAUGAGGAAGUUCAUAAUGAAAUGUCUGUUGCUGUCUCACAAUAAAAGUCCAUGUGUUAAAUAGGGUUGUAUCAAUGUUUUAGACUGUUUUUCAAAUUUUUUUUUGACAGUGCAAUUGCAAUUUCAUGGUAUUGAACUUGAGAAGUACGUUCGCAGACAACUUUGCAUCUUUAUUACAAAGUAAUAAGAAAUUUUCCAGUAGGACGUCUGCACUAAUACAUCGAAUUUAUUGAGUAUUGUAGUUAUUACUGUUAGUUUAUACGUAUGAGGACAGUGUUCAGAAUUGAUACAGAAUUAUACCCGUGGUACAAUUAAUUGUGAUUAAAUUCACGAAAUGCAGGUAAUUUAAUUUGCCGAUUAUAUGCAGUCUUUAUUGUAAAUAGACAUCAAUGGUAGAAAAUAUACAUAAAAUUGGUCACACCUGUGAA